AUGACCUCCUGUUUCUUCUUUCUGUUAAUAGGAUCUGUUUUUACGCUAAAAGUUCAAGUAAAUGACAUCAUCAGUCAUCAGUACCUGCGACAAGCGGUUGUAGAAGUGUUUGUUAACUACACAAAGACAAAUUCUACUCUUACUGGAAAUGAUGGAGCAGUAUUGAUAAAAGUUCCUUACAAAUUAGACUUAAGCUUAACUAUCGUAUCAUACAAGGAUGGCUACAUGUUAACACCUUUGCCUUGGAAGACUGGGAAGAUGCCAAUAUACUCGUCUGUGACGCUUUCAUUGUUCCCACAAAGUCAAGCUAAUAUCUGGCUGUUUGAAGACACUGUCUUAAUUACUGGAAAACUGUCUGAUGCCAAAUCUCAACCAAGCGUUCAGUUUCCAAAAGUUUUAAUAAAGCUUCCAACAAAUCACCAUAUUACAAAUGUUACAGCCUAUCUGACAGUGCCAGAACAAUUUUUGAAAGUGGACAGCUUUCUCUAUACAACAGGAGUUCUUCUAAAUAAAUCAGGUUUCAAGAGCAUGGAAUUGACUCCUAUUGCUGCAGUAUGUGUAAAUGUUCUUUUGGCUGGGAAAGAACUGAAAGUAAAUGGUCCCAUUCAGAUUACACUUCCUAUUCCCACAAGCACUGUAAAAUCAGGAGAUGCUAUACCUGCGUGGACAUUCGAUAUGAAAACUGGUGCUUGGGUGAGCCGUGGGCUAGGGAUGGUAAAGGAAGCAGAUGGUCAGUUAGUGUGGACAUAUACUGCUCAACACUUAGGCUACUGGAUAGCAGCUCCACUGCCUGGAACAAGAGAAUCCAUUAUUACUGCGGUUUCCAAAGACAUAACAGCCUAUCACACAGUGUUCCUUACGGCCAUACUGGGAGGUACCGUUGUCAUUAUCAUUGGAUUUUUUGCUGUUCUUCUUUGUUACUGCAGGGAUAAAUGUGGUCAGACGCGAAAGAAGGAAAAAAAUACAGCUAAGCUGGAGGUCAUAAAAAGAGACCAGACAACAUCAACAACUCACAUAAGUCACAUCAAUGCUGUCAAAGGGCCUUUAAAGUUGGAGGAUAAGUCACAGUUAUAUACACCGAAGACUUCUUCAUACAGCCCUCAAAGAAGGGUGUCCGUAGACACGGAAGAUGGAAAAUCACGAGACAAUUUCAGAAUCUACACUGAGGAUGCUUCUUAUCAGUCAACCUGUCAGACUGGUCAGUCAAGAAAUUCAGCCCAUUCAUUGGAACCUAAUGCUGGGGUUAGGCACUUACAGCAGCCAAAGCAUAGUAACAGUACCAUUUCCCAGGCUCCUAGAGACCUUCAAGACCAAAACAGAUACCUUUCACUGAAAGAGGAGAUGUAUGGGCUUUCCCAUAUCCCAGAACAUUUAAUGCAUAUUUACAAUCAACCUAUUGCUAUUCUUCAACCCUCUGACCUUUUCCACUCCCCAGAACAGCUGCAUCCUGCUAAAUCAGCCACUUUGCCAAGAAAAGGGCAGUUAGUAUAUAGCCCCAUGAUGGAACCCAUGGGUCGUGACAGUUACAUGCAAACGUUACCAAAAAUGCCAGUGCAUGCUCAUCCACAGCCUUCUGUCUGCAGAGAUGAAAACAGUACGUUAGAUGGUGAAGAGGGCUUACCUUCUCAAACGUCGAACUGGGGCCGGUACACUAAUAGCUUAUUGGAAUCUGUCUCUGUUCCUGGGACAUUAAAUGAAGCAGUUGUAAUGACUCCGUUUUCAUCUGAACUUCAAGGUAUUUCAGAACAAACAUUAUUGGAACUCUCUAAAGGAAAACCAUCUCCGCACCCUCGAGCAUGGUUUGUGUCCCUGGAUGGAAAGCCGAUCGCUCAAGUGAGGCAUUCUUUCAUAGAUCUGAAAAAGGGCAGAAAAACAGAGAGUAAUGAUACCAGUCUGGACUCUGGUGUGGACAUGAAUGAGCAUCAUCCUAGUAGGAAAUUGGAGAGAGAGAAAACUUUCAUAAAAAAUAUGCCACAUUCUAAGAUCCUUUACUUGGAAGAUCUGGAUCUGAGCAGCAGUGAAAGUGGGACCACUGUUUGCACUCCAGAGGACCAGGCUGUGAGGCACCUUCUGGAUGGAGGGAACGGGCAGGUCAUAGAACAGCGUGAGGAAGAAGGUCUAAGAAGAAAAACUGUGUCAGGGACUCAUGAAUCUGCUAUUCCUUCCGCUAAAAAAAGGGAUAGACCGUCUAUCACAAAAAAAGAUAGCAAAACCAAUAUCUGGAAGAAAAGAGAGGAGAGGCCACUUAUUCCUAUAAAUUAA